AUGGAUUCCCAGGGUGGUCAGUACCUCAACAAGAAGGCCCUCUGCUCCCCACUGGGUGCUGCCCGCCUCUGCCAGUUAGCCUUGGGCUGUGCUGUGAUUGCAAUGGUAACCCACAGUGCAGGCUACAGUGGCUCACAGGGGGUGUUUUGUAUGGCAGCGUGGAGCUUCUGCUUCGCCAUGUCGGUUGUGGUGUUUUUCCUGGAUGCCACUCAUCUCUACAGCUGCCUACCUGUGUCCUGGGACAACCUGACGGUCACAGGUGCUGCCUUCGCAACACUCUUGUAUGUGACGGCCUCUGUGGUCUACCCACUCUUCUUCGUCCAAUCUGAGUGCCCAUAUGCCGGCUGUGACGUCCUAUAUUUCCGCAUCGCCGUGACUGUCUGCUCUAUACUGGGUACUCUGGCCUAUGGGGCGGAGGUUGCCUUAUGUCGAGCCAGGCCAGGCCAGGCUAUGGUGGGCUACAUGGCCACUGUCUCUGGCCUCCUCAAAGUGGUUCAGGGCUUUGUGGCUUGCAUUAUCUUCGGAGCUCUGGCCAACAGGAGCGAGUAUUCCCGAUACGCGGCUACAAUCUACUGUGUGGUCGUCUAUGCUUUUUGUUUUGUUGUGACUGCGCUGGUGGUCAUCAUGACAGUGUGUGGGCGUACCAAGGCUGUGCGCUGUAUGUCAUUUGACCGCUUUGUGGUGGUGUGUACCCUGCUGGAGGUCCUCCUCUACCUGAGUGCUUCAGUAGUAUGGCCGGUAUUCUGCUUUGACACCAAAUACGGCUCUCCGUGGAGACCGUCAUUGUGUCCUCGGGGAAGAUGUCCAUGGGACAGCAAGGUGGUCAUAGCUGUGUUCUCUUUUGUCAAUUUUGUACUGUAUGUGGCGGACCUCAUUUAUUCCCAAAGGAUAAGAUUUGUCUCCUCACACGUUCCCAGCAUUUCUCGAGCGUAG